GGCGGAGUCAUUUCAAUAGACGGUCAGCCAACACAAGGAAAGUCACCCACACUACUUGCUGCAUGAGCUUGUAACUUGUAUUUUAACGAGAAGAGUUAUUAUUUGACAGAAUUUCUCCAGUCGAGGUUGAUCCGUAUUCCAACAUGUCGGAUUUAGAGAGACUGAAGAUGACCGGCGCUGGGAAAGCUAUCGCCUUGUUGACAAGUGGCGGAGAUGCACAAGGAAUGAAUGCAGCUGUCCGCGCUGUGACCCGGAUGGGGAUAUUUGUUGGAGCCAAGAUGUAUCUCGUAUAUGAGGGCUACCAGGGUCUGGUGGAUGGAGGGGACAACAUCAAGCUGGCCCACUGGCAGAGUGUUACCAACAUCAUACAGCAGGGUGGCACGGUGAUCGGCAGUGCUCGCUGUAAGGUCUUCACCACGCGGGACGGUCGCCUGGCAGCAGCCUUUAACCUGGUGAAGAGAGGCAUCGCCAAUCUGUGUGUGUGUGGAGGAGACGGCAGCCUCACCGGAGCUAACAUCUUCAGGACCGAGUGGACUGGACUGCUGGCUGAACUGGUUCAGAAAGGCCGGAUCACCGACACCCUAGCGAAGCAGCAUGAUCACCUGAACAUCGUAGGGUUGGUUGGAUCUAUAGACAACGACUUCUGUGGGACAGACAUGACCAUUGGCGCUGACUCCGCCCUGCAUCGCAUCAUGGAGAUAGUGGACGCCAUCACUACCACCGCACAGAGCCACCAGCGUGCAUUUGUCCUGGAGGUCAUGGGACGUCACUGUGGGUAUCUAGCGUUGGUGUCUGCUCUGGCCUCCGGAGCAGACUGGCUCUUCAUCCCAGAGGCUCCACCAUUAGAGGGCUGGGAGGACCGCAUGUGUGCCCGUCUGGAGCAUAGUCGCAGUAAGGGCUCCAGACUGAACGUAGUAAUCAUCGCUGAAGGGGCCAUCAACAGAGCUGGUGAACCGAUCUCUUCAGGCUACGUCAAGGAUCUGGUAGAGAAGAGGCUGGGCUAUGACACCCGGGUGACAGUCCUAGGUCAUGUACAGCGAGGGGGAACACCCUCCGCCUUCGACCGGGUGCUGAGCAGUAAGGUGGGAGUGGAGGCUGUCGUCGCUCUGUUAGAGGCCACUCCAGAGACCCCAGCCUGUGUCAUCGGCCUGUCAGGAAACCAGGCUGUCCGCCUGCCUCUUGUGGAGUGUGUACAGAUGACUAAAGAGGUUCAGAAGGCCAUGAAUGAAAAGAGGUUUGAUGAAGCCAUCCAACUGAGAGGAAGGAGCUUUGAGAACAACUGGAACAUGUACAAACUGCUUGCCUUUCAGAAGCCUGCUGUUACCAAGAGCAACCACACGCUGGCGGUGCUGAAUGUGGGUGCUCCAGCAGCAGGGAUGAAUGCAGCGGUUCGGUCGGCUGUCAGAGUGGCGCUGGCCUACGGUCACAAGGUCUACUCUGUCAACGACGGCUUCGAGGGGUUGGCCAAUGGAGCGGUGACAGAGAUCGAGUGGCACGGUGUGGCUGGAUGGACUGGCCAGGGUGGAUCUCUUCUGGGGACUAAACGAACCCUUCCCAGUACUUGCAUGCAGAAGAUCGUGGACACCAUCAACAAGCAUAAUAUCCAGGCUCUGCUGAUCGUUGGGGGAUUUGAGGCGUACGAGGGCGUGCUGGAGUUAUAUGAUGCUCGCGGUAGCUUUGACGAGUUGUGUAUCCCCAUGGUGGUGAUCCCUGCCACCAUCAGUAACAAUGUACCCGGGACAGACUUCAGUCUGGGGGCAGACACGGCUGUCAACGCUGCCAUGGAGAGUUGUGAUAAGAUUAAGCAGUCGGCUUCAGGGACCAAGAGAAGGGUGUUCGUAGUGGAAACUAUGGGAGGCUACUGUGGUUACCUGGCAACCUACGCCGGUAUCGCUGUGGGAGCAGAUGCUGCUUACAUCUUUGAGGACCCCUUCAACCUCCAGGACCUAAAGACUAACGUGGAGCAUCUCGCAGAGAAGAUGAAGGAAGACAUCCAGAGGGGUCUGGUACUGAGGAAUGAGAAGUGUCACCUUCACUACACCACUGAUUUUAUCCACAAGCUGUAUUCUGCCGAGGGGAAGGGCAUCUUCGACUGUCGGGUCAACGUGCUGGGGCACCUCCAGCAGGGAGGUGCACCAACACCCUUCGACAGAAACUGUGGCACCAAGCUGGGUGUGAAGGCUGUGCAGUGGCUCACAGAGAAGAUGAUCAACAACUUCAGACAAGGUCGUGUGUUCGUCAACAGCCCAGACACAGCAUCUGUCAUUGGCUUCAGUAAGAAGGUCCUGUCCUUCAUCCCUGUGACUGAACUUAAGGCACAGACUGACUUUGAGCACCGGAUGCCCAAGGUCCAGUGGUGGCAGAACCUGCAUCAGAUUCUGAAGAUGUUGGCCAAGCACCAGACCAGCUUCAGCGAGUACGUCCCUGGAGAGAUAGAACAUGUGACCCGACGUUCUCUCAGCAUAGACACUGGCUUCUAGAACACAUACUAACCCUGGACUGUAGACACCGGCUUCUAGAACACAUACUAACCCUGGACUGUAGACACCGGCUUCUAGAACACAUACUAACCCUGGACUGUAGACACCGGCUUCUAGAACACAUACUAACCCUGGACUGUAGACACUGGCUUCUAGAACACAUACUAACCCUGGACUGUAGACACCGGCUUCUAGAACACAUACUAACCCUGGACUGUAGACACCGGCUUCUAGAACACAUACUAACCCUGGACUGUAGACACCGGCUUCUAGAACACAUACUAACCCUGGACUGUAGACACCGGCUUCUAAACACUGGGCUCCAACCCUGGAAUGUCACUCCCAACUUGUUUGUCUUCCCUGUUUAUCUAAAGAGGGGUCCUUAUAUCUGUACUGUGUCUGAGACUACCUAGACAUCAGGCCCUUAUAUCUGUACUGUGUCUGAGACUACCUAGACAUCAGGCCCUUAUAUCUGUACUGUGUCUGAGACUACCGAGACAUCAGGCCCUUAUGUCUGGAGAGUGUCUGAGACUACCGAGACAUCAGGCCCUUAUAUCUGUACUGUGUCUGAGACUACCGAGACAUCAGGCCCUUAUAGCUGUACUGUGUCUGAGACUACCGAGACAUCAGGCCCUUAUAUCUGGAGAGUGUCUGAGACUACCUAGACAUCAGGCCCUUAUAUCUGUACUGUGUCUGAGACUACCGAGACAUCAGGCCCUUAUAUCUGUACUGUCUGAGACUACCUAGACAUCAGGCCCUUAUAUCUGGAGAGUGUCUGAGACUACCUAGACAUCAGGCCCUUAUAUCUGGAGAGUGUCUGAGACACCUAGACAUCAGGCCCUUAUAUCUGUACUGUGUCUGAGACUACCGAGACAUCAGGUCCUUAUAUCUGGAGAGUGUCUGAGACUACCUAGACAUCAGGCCCUUAUAUCUGGAGAGUGUCUGAGACUACCUAGACAUCAGGCCCUUAUAUCUGGAGAGUGUCUGAGACUACCGAGACAUCAGGCCCUUAUAUCUGUACUGUGUCUGAGACUACCGAGACAUCAGGCCCUUAUAUCUGUACUGUGUCUGAGACUACCGAGACAUCAGGCCCUUAUAUCUGUACUGUGUCUGAGACUACCUAGACAUCAGGCCCUUAUAUCUGUACUGUGUCUGAGACUACCUAGACAUCAGGCCCUUAUAUCUGUACUGUCUGAGACUACCGAGACAUCAGGCCCUUAUAGCUGUACUGUGUCUGAGACUACCGAGACAUCAGGCCCUUAUAUCUGUACUGUGUCUGAGACUACCGAGACAUCAGGCCCUUAUAUCUGGAGAGUGUCUGUCGUCUAGUACACUAGUCUAUACUAUUAAAGACUAUACUGGUCACUAGUUGGUCUAUACUGGUUUAAAGACUAUACUGGUCACUAGUCUAUACUGGUUUAAAGACUAUACUGGUCACUAGUCUAUACUAUUAAAGACUAUACUGGUCACUAGUUGGUCUAUACUGGUUUAAAGACUAUACUGGUCACUAGUCUAUACUGGUUUAAAGACUAUACUGGUCACUAGUCUAUACUAUUAAAGACUAUACUGGUCACUAGUUGGUCUAUACUGGUUUAAAGACUAUACUGGUCACUAGUCUAUACUGGUUUAAAGACUAUACUGGUCACUAGUCUAUACUGGUUUAAAGACUAUACUGGUCACUAGUCUAUACUGGUUUAAAGACUAUACUGGUCACUAGUCUAUACUGGUUUAAAGACUAUACUGGUCACUAGUCUAUACUGGUUUAAAGACUAUACUGGUCACUAGUCUAUACUGGUUUAAAGACUAUACUGGUCACUAGUCUAUACUGGUUUAAAGACUAUACUGGUCACUAGUCUAUACUGGUUUAAAGACUAUACUGGUCACUAGUCUAUACUGGUUUAAAGACUGUACUGGUCACUAGUCUAUACUGGUUUAAAGGCUAUUCUGGUCACUAUUUGGUCUAUACUGUUUUAAAGGCUAUGUUGGUCACUAGUUGGUCUAUACUGGUUUAAAGGCUAAUCUGGUCACUAGUUGGUCUAUACUGGUUUAAAGGAUAAUCUGGUCACUAGUUGGUCUGUACUGGUUUAAAGACUAUUCUGGUCACUAGUUGGUCUAUACUGUUUUUUUCUUUGCCAUUGUAAUGAAAAUGUUGUGGUUGUGUUGUGCGACAAUCCAUCUGUUUUGUCAUCUUGUGGGACCUUGUCAUGUGUGUGCCUUGUCAUGUGUGUGCCUUGUCAUGUGUGUCCCUACAUGUAAUCCUGAACAAAUCACUGACGCCUAUACAGUCAAUGUAGAACACUGGAAAUCAGCUAUUACUAUUCUGGAUGUGUCUGUCUGUACAAGAUGUUAAGAAUAGCAAUAGUCGCCAAAAUAUAAAUGUGAAUUAAUGUCAUUGUUAUUAAAGAUGCAAUAUAAAGUAAUGUCAUAAAUAAAAGCAUUUGAAAGUU